AUGUAUCCACUAGUACCACUAGUAUCAAACAUAUGGGGUCUUGUUUUUCAGCUACUUCUGGAAGAGUCCAAGAUUACGUAUGAAAAUAACCUUCCUCUCUCCCUUUUAGACAUUAUUUUUGGCGGUCUCCAAGGAUUCUUUGUAUCUAUUGUCUUUUUUAGUGAUCCCACCAUGGUGGAUUUAAUCAAAAGUAAAGUCAAACACUUGAAAUGCAGACAUGGUUCAACUCAUGAACAAAGUGAAGCUAGAUUAAUAACCCCCGUAAGCUCGUUUAGCUCGUUUAAAGGCUCGUUUAUUUUAGCUCCACCUCCAGCUCUACAUGAACGAUCGUACAGAGAUAGUUCUUGUUGUGAAAAUAGUCAGGAGACGAUCUCUCAAAUACCUGCCGCUUGCGAUGUUGGCCCAAUCCCUUCGAAAUCCGAACGCAGAGUUUCUUUAGCAUCAGAAUACACAAUUGUAAUUUAA